AUGAGAAAUGAGCAGCGUCUGGGCCCCAGUCAGCCCGGCGGGCUUUCCAAAUGCGGCGCCGUCAGCAACGGCACAGUGUGCCGCAGAUCCACCCUCAUUGAACCAGAGCGGCUGAAGGACUUUGGUGAGGAGGAGCUUCUCAACGGGGAUGUGAGGGUCCUUGGCACCAAAGUCGUGGUGGUGGGUGGUCCCAAGAUCAUGCUCUUGGAGCCCCCCAAAACUAGACGUGUCAGCGAGUUCCGGAUCGUCCCCAGGCCUCUUGUUGAGUAUCUCCGCUUUGAGGACAUUAGCGCUGCGGCCUUCAGGAUCCAGACAGGGAUACAGAAGACACCCUGCACGUACUCCAGACUGUCGAAGCAGUACGGGAUGGAGAUCUACCUGAAGAAGGAGCACCUGCACUACACAGGCUCUGUGAAGGAGAGAGGAGUCCUGUACCUGCUCACCUCCCUCUCAAAGGCGCAGCAGAGGAAGGGUGUGAUCGUGGCCAGUGACUGUAAUUUCUCCAUGGCCGUGGCCUACCACGGCGUGGAGCUGAAGAUCCCGGUGUUCGUCAUCAUGCCGUCAUGCUGCUCUUCUCCUCGCCUCAGGAUCUACAGAGACUACGGCGCUAUGGUCAUCUCCUACGGCAGCACCAGCCACGACUCGCAGAACCACGCCCGCCACCUGGCCACGGAGAACGGAUACCUCUACCUGGAAGAAGAUGAAAAUGCAGCGUACCUGGCAGGUCUGGGCACUGUGGGCAUGGAGAUCUAUGAGCAAGUGCCCAAACUGGAUGCAGUGGUUGUUCCCGCUGCUGGGCAGUACGGUCUACUGGCCGGUACAGCUGCAGCCAUCAAGCACCUCAACUCGCAAGUUCUUGUCAUAGGAAUUGAACCAGACGGUUUCCCUCUGCUGCUUCAAUCUCUCAAAACCGAUGGUCCAAUCAAAGACCUGCACAGCAACCCCAAUAAGAAACUCUAUGGAGAUCUUAUGGAGCGUUCACUGGGUGUCAACACCUUCCAUUUGGCAAAGAAACUGGUAGAUAAAGUCAUCUCCAUCAGGGAGGAGGACUCUCUGGUGGCAAUGCUGCGGUUUCAGGAGUUUGAACGCUCCACGGUGGACACAGAGGGAGCCAUGGGGCUGGCUGCCAUCUUGGCCGGACAACUACCAGAGCUGAGAGGCAAAAGGGUGGCUGUCGUGGUGAGCAGCGCUAAUAUGGAACUGGAGCUGGUGAGACAGUGUGUGGACCGAGCCCUGGUGCUGGACGACCGGGUCAAGAAGUUCUCUGUGCAGCUGGGAGAAUGGCCAGGAGACAUGGCUAAACUGCUGGACGUUCUGUCCAGAGAGGACGUCAGGUUGUUGGACGUCUGCCAUCGGAGACAGAGUGAGAAGUCCGACCUCUUCAAGGCGAAGGUGGAGUGUGUGGUGGAAACCAGGGAUAAGACACAGAGCGCUCAGCUGUGCAAGACGCUGAGUGAGCGCUACCCGUCUAUAUGCUGGCUGGACCGGUGA